ACGGAGCAAGUACACAUUUUGACAUUUUUGUUUGAUGGUGUCAAAGAGUCUGUGAAUCAAUGUCCGAGGUCAGCCAGCGCCCUCUGGGGGACCUUAAGGGGAAAGAUGUCUACAACUGUGUAUUUUCAAUGAAUGUCACCAUGUUCUGUGAUUGUAGAAUUCCUGGUCAAGUUCCUGGAGCAGGAAGUCUGUCGUCUAAACUGGGACGUUGGAUUUGUGGCCUUCACCAUGCAGGAGAUCGGAGUCCAGCUGCCACGUCUGCUGGAGGUCUACGACCAGCUCUUCAAAACUCGGGAUCCCUGUUGGCAGCGGCUGAAGAAACCGCUCCACCUGGUGGAGUGCAUCCACGUGCUGCUGUUGGGUUAUGUGGACGAUCCCACUAAAGUACCAACAUAUGACAGGUACGUAUGGCCUGAGGUAGGCGCUGUGUUGUGCUGGCUCUAAUUAUUGGUAAUAUAU